GAGUCGGCCGUCUGCUGUUGUCACUUCUUAGCCUCCUGAGAACUAAACAGUGACUCAUCUUCAUCAGAGCGAAAUAGUGAUUAACCAUCAUCAUCAUCAUCAUGAAGACUCUUUUGCUCCUUUCGGUUCUUCUCUGUGCUGCAUUUUCAGCUCCUGCUGAAGAACAGAAGCCUUUAGAAGCAGCACUGGAUGUCCAAACCCUGGAAACCGCUGCUGAACCAGAAGCAGCAUUAGAUGUCCAAGCAGAGGAAACUGAAGCUGAACCAGAAGCAGCGUUAGAUGUCCAAGCAGAGGAAAGCGCUCCUGAACAGGCUCAUUUCAGCGUCUGUCCAGCUGGUUGGUCUACCUUUGAAUCCCGCUGCUAUAAGUUGAUCCACUCUUCUAAGUCCUGGUUCGAUGCAGAGGAGUACUGCAAUGAGCUGGAAGCCCAUCUGGCUUCAGUCACCAACCCAAGACAGAAAAACUACCUCCAUGAUUUGGCCCAAGCGGAGAGUCAGACCUAUGCAUGGCUGGGAGGAUUCUACCUGCAGAGUGAGUGGAUGUGGAUCGACCGUAAUUAUUUCUACUACACCAACUGGUACAGUCAGUCAACUGCCAGCAGCUACCCCUGCAUUUACUUACAUGCUAACCUUGGCUGGAGAAAUUCUGCGUGUUCCACUACAAGGCCCUUCAUUUGCUCCAAGAACCCAUAUGGCUGUUAAUAAUCUGCAGUCUUUGGACGGUCCAGAUGAGAUGCCUUCUUCUUUGCAUACUGACAAACCUUUUUGUAUUUGCUUUGAAAUAGUUUUUUAUGCAUAUAUUUUAUACAAUGGAUGAAUUGCUGAUUUUUAUGUGAAUGUUAGUGAUGAUAAAAUGGACAUUUUGUUUUUAUAAAUAGGACAGAUAAUGCAGAACUUGAAACAGGAGUGUCCAACCAGCCCUGGUUGGUUCUGUUUUUAGGUGAUGAAUUCCAGCACUUGUGCCCUUAAUUCUAUUACUAUUCUAAGGUUUAACACUGAAAAUGCCUUUUAUAUGUCUGAUAAUAAAUCAAUGAAGUCUAACAAAUGAA